CGGAGCAUGCGCACUGCUGGCGUCGCGAUGCUUGAUCGAAGCGGUCGCCGUCACACACCAGCUGCUGGCCAGUAGUACGCUAGAUUGCGCCCAGACGGGCACGGAGCAACCAGCACGCCGACGCCAGGUCCUUGCGGUACACAGGGAUUAUGGACCUGAACAUGUUGCCGAGCACUACGCAUGCGCACGACUUCCACUCCGGGCUCAGCCGGGUCGUUAUGGUGCGCAAGACGGAGCAGCGGACAUUUGCUUCCACCAGGAGCGGAGAGGAACCAAAAUUUGAAACAGUUACAAGAGAGACUGUGGAGACCUUCAUGGGACACCGUCCACAAAAAGUGAUUACCUCUGAAAAGAGAGAUGUUAUCAAAGGAAUGCCACAGGAUCUACUUGCCUCACUUCCUGGCACACCUUCGCAAAAUGGAACUUCAAAAUUUCGUUCUCCUAGUGUAUCUCCAGAUAUUCCCUCACCAAAGAAAGCUGAAACGCAGCUGAGUUUACUGAAAUCAAGAUUGAAGCCUGUUAGUCCAACAACAAAUGGUGCAGCAUCAACUGAAUCUAUGGAAAGUGAUGCUGAUUUUGCAACAGAUUGUCUUAAUGCCCAUAAUGAGUACAGAGAGAAGCAUGGUGUUCCACCCUUGAGGCUAAGCAAGAAGCUGUGUAAGUACAGUGAAGAAUGGGCCAAGCAUCUUGCCCAGAAAGGUCACUCAGAACAUCGACAAAACUCUGAUUAUGGAGAAAACAUUUUCUGCAGUUGGUCAUCUAGUGGAGCUCACAAAGUCACUGGGAGAGAGCCUGUUGAUCACUGGUACAGUGAAAUAAAGGAUCAUCCUUUUGGGAGAGAACCACGUGAUUUAAAAUCAGGGCACUUUAGCCAGGUUGUAUGGAGAGACAGUGAGGAGCUAGGAGUAGCAGUGGCACGAAGUCGCAAUGGCCAAGUUUUUGUUGUUGCAAACUAUUCACCACCAGGCAAUUUCCUUGGAAGCUUUGCUGAAAAUGUACCACCACUGGGAGGAUUCCCUAAGGACAAGGCUAAGAAGACUCCAGUGAAGUAUGGUGCUGUGGUUAAUGGAUCUGCUGUUAAUGGGAGUGCAAGUGAUGAAGACUUUGCAGAGGAGGGUCUAAGGAUCCACAAUGAGUACAGAAGAAAGCAUGGGGUACCUGAUUUGAAAUUAAGCAAAGAGUUGUGUGAAUAUGCUACAGAAUGGGCCAAAACUUUGGCAAAAGAAGAUAAAUUUUGUCAUCGCCCAGAUGGAAAAUAUGGGGAAAAUAUCUUUUGCGUGUGGUCCUCAGAUGCUGGAAAAAAUGUUACAGCACGAGAUGCCUGUCAGAAGUGGUACAAAGAAGUAAAAGAUUUUACGUUUGGAGUUGAGCCAAGAAUGCUGAAAUCAGGUCACUUUUCACAAAUGAUAUGGAGGAGCAGCAAGGAACUUGGUAUGGGGAUAGCACGCUCCAAAAAUGGAAGAGCUAUAAUUGUAGCAAAUUACAAUCCACGUGGAAAUUACAUUGGUCAGUUUGUGAGCAAUGUACCCAAACCUCUUUGAACAGUCCAUUGUAAUGAGAAUAUAAUUUAUAAGCAGUUUUGUAAGACAACUGCAAGAAUUUUCCUCUUUGUUCCAAAUGUGCAGUACAAUUAUACAUCAUUCCUCAUAGCUAAUUCAGCUAAGAUUUUUGUAAACAAAAACUUAUUUUGUGGACUGUAUGUGCAUACUGCAAGCUGUUUAGAAAUAGUACUCACAGAGCUUGCCCAUGCACUUUGCAAUUAGAAAUAUAUAUUUUUUAUCUUUCUGUUUUUAGCCAAACAGACCAACAUCAAAGUUGUCGUUUUGUGAUAUUCAUCAGUCUAAAACAUGCUUAGUUCAGCAUUUAAGCACUAGAUUAGUGUAUGAUUUUGUUAAUUUAAUGAUUAUUCUAUAUAGUUAACAUGGAUAAAAUCAAAUCAUCUCCACAGAGGAUAAGUUGUUUAUCAACACUGUGGCCAUGUAUGCUUUAGGAAGUUAUUGCUCUUUUUUUCAUGUACAUUAAAGAGCCAACUAGCAGCACUUCUAGCUUUAAUUGGAACAGAAUGCUUCCAAAACUCUUGUAACUAUCUCAGUUAACCAAAGAAUAUAUGUAUUUGAAAAUAGUACACAGUUUUCUCAAACAUACUAAAUAUUUGCAUUUGUUAAUUUUUUUGUGGUGGCAAAAGAAGUAAUGUUCUCUUGAGUACUGUCAUUUGUAAGUGUGAAGAGUAAGGACUUCUGGAAAAGUCGAACACUAUAAGAGACUGUGGAUACUAUUUCUCUGUUGUAAGAUGAUGGUGGGGAUGAAUUAAUUAUUAAAAGACUGAAGAUUAUUUGUGUUUUGGCAAACCAAAGAACAUUAUUGAAGGAUUUUGUUAUGGUUAAUGUCAGUAAUACUUUUGCAGUAGAUAAUUAUAAAAGAAGUUAUAUAUGUUGUCUUGCCAGAUAACACAUUAAAAUGCUGUCAUACAUUUGUAUAAUUACUAUGUGUGAGUCUUUGCCACAUGUGUAAUAAUGCAGUCUGUGCUUGGAACUUUAUUUCAGUCUUUUUUCUUUAUAAAUGAUUUUAUUAGGAUAUUUUAUAGAGCACCAUACAUGUUGCUUGUUGAGCUUCUAAUUUAAGUUUUUUCUCAUUUUUUAAAAAGUUUUAGAGCAGUAUGCCAAAUUUAGGUGUUUACACAACCUAUAACUCACUUCAUGGAUAUUGACAAGGUGAACUGCAUUUUGAUUUAGUUACACUUAAAGAACCACACCCGUACUCCAGAUACCAACUUCAGAACCUAGGCAGUUCCUGACCAGAAACAAUUAUAGUUUUAAAUACAGUGGAAAUCAAGAAGAAUGUUAAAAAGUGUGACUCUAGGUCCAAAUUCAGUCAGUUUCGAGUUUUGACUCUUGUUAAACAAUAUAUUUUACAGUUUCAAAUCUCUAUGUGUUUACACUGGACUCGCAUUCGGGAGGACGACGGUUCAAUCCCGCGUCCGGCCAUCCUGAUUUAGGUUUUCCGUGAUUUCCCUAAAUCACUCCAGGCAAAUGCCGGGAUGGUUCCUCUGAAAGGGCACGGCCGACUUCCUUCCCCAUCCUUCCCUAAUCCGAUGAGACCGAUGACCACGCUGUCUGGUCUGCUUCCCCAAAACCACCCACCACCCCCUCUCUAUGUGUUUACCCCUGCUUGUGGUGGUAUGCAACAGCCAAAAUUGUCAGGAGAAUGAGCAAUUCUCUGCUUCAGACAGCUUAUUGAUUUUACAGUGUGAACAAACAGUUCACCACUAGUACAGUACUUUAUUGCCAAGACUAUGUCAAUAUGUGUUUCAGUUGCUUGCUACAUACUUCACUUGUAUACAGAGUGAUGUGAAAACCUCUUCAACAUUUGCAGUUCUUGAUGUACACUAGAUCCCUUAAUCUAUAAUUUUUCACUGUUUUGAUUGUUCAUUUCUCAGGGAGAAAAUAUUGUGUGUGGUGUGUAUGUGUGUUUAUGUUUUUUAAGUGAUUUCCUUUCAACACGUAUUUGGUAUUUUUCAUCCUGGAGGUAGGUACUGGUCAGCCAUAAUGUCUCCUUGUAAUUCUACAGUUUUCUCUUUUAAAGUUUUCGUUUUUAUAAAGUUAUUAUUUUUUUCUGCCACUUCAUCUCUGGCCAGCAAGCAAGUUUUGACAUUUAACCUUUGCAAAUCUCAGCAACCAUAUGUCUUUUCCAUUUCAUACUGAUGUUUGAGACUGUUGUACCUGACACUAUUUGAUAUGCUUCCAAAAGCAAUAAAAUUCAACAAAAAAUUAGCAACACAAGUACAUUAAGUGAAGAACAGUUUACAGUAACAUAAAAAAAUCAUAAAUUUUACGCACAUUCAAUUGAAGAGAAAUAAUAAAGAUGAUUUUGUACUAUUGACUCUCAAAACUUUUGCUGUUCAGUCCUAUGUGUCACCUAUAUUGUUGUUUUAUGAAAUGUAUAAAACAUAUUAGGUACAUAAAUUUUUCUUCUUUUAUAAAUUUUGUCUUAGUAGGCACUGAAAAUGAAGCAGUUGUGGGGAUGUAGUUUUAAAAGAGAAAGUAAAGAACUCUAACAGUUAUUUUUGUGUGACAUAGUUUGAUCUGUGAUUGUCAAAAACACAUUCCAUGAAACAUUCUCAUAACAGUUUCUGUAUUCCAUUAUUUUAUUUUUCAGAAAUCAGACAUGUAUGGUCUUAGGUAAUUUGUAUUAGAUUCAGUAAAUUUGCUGGGAUACUAAGCUCACUCUGUAAAUAUUGUUUUAUCUAUUACUUGCAAUUUUGUUUAUAAACUGCUGAUUGGAAAUACAGUAAACAAUUUAGAAGUUAAUGAAUAAAAUAUAUUCCACUUCAAAACAAAAGUUUCAAUUUCUUGUUGAGGAUUUGGAAGACUGACUGACUGGCCAAUUUCUCAUGCACAUUCUGCUGAACUAUCAGUAAUGUAAGUUUAUGGAAAAGAUGUAAAUACUUAUAUUAUGUGUAUACAAAAUUUCUUAACUUUGUUGUCUGUUAUACUGCUGUUAAAUGAUAUUUUGUAUUUUAAGAGCCUGUACAAUAAUUUU